UUCAUUAUAGUUAUUUUUUCUCGUUUUCCGCCUGUUUCGCCGAUAUUGUCGGCCUCUCUAUACAGUAUUUGGUAUCUACUGUAUUAUUGUUCCAUAGACUACAAUCCAUAAGCCUCUCACGUCUUAUCGGUAUCGUUAAAUUUGCUCGUUGCUGGUCCGGAUCGGCCACCACACGUGCGAAUCGUGCGAUGAAUUGAUCGGCGUUUGGACUAUUCAAUUCAGUUGUGUCUUUCAUGUGCCAGCAGCGGUGCACUAUCGAACGGACGACACACCACCUCGAGAACAGUCUACAGACGAUAACUUGGCGCGUGUUUUGAUUUGGACGUCGACGAUCGUUCGGGGAGGUUCGCCAUGAUAACGACCGAAGUCUCGAAGACCGCCAUCAGCGCUGCCGCGGCAGGCAUCGCGGGCCUGUGUUUUGUCGGCUACUGCAUUUACUUCGACCGGAAGCGUCGCAGCGAUCCACACUUCAAGUCGAACCUGCGCAAGAAGCGACUGCUGGCCAAGGAGCAUGAGCUCGCGGCGCGGGCUGCCAAGUCAGCGUUCCCGGACUUCACCGACCAGCAGGCUGUGCAGCGGUUCUUCUUGCAGGAGGUGCAGAUGGGCGAGUCGUACUUGGAACAAGGUGACGCGGUCCGCGGUGUCGAACACUUGGCUAACGCAGUAGUAGUAUGCGGCCAGCCUACCGAGCUGCUCAACGUCCUACAGCGCACGCUGCCCGACCCCGUGUUCGAAAUGCUCAUCAAGAAGCUGCCGGAAUUGGGCAAGAACCUGAUGCGCAGACAGCCGCCGCAGCAGCCACAACAACCGCCGUCGUCUUCGACAUUCGGCGGUCCGGUCAUCAGCGAGCUGGACGUGUCCGACGUCGAAUAGUGUUUUUUUGUCGAUUAUUAAUAUAUGUCGUUACGAUGAUAAUAUUAUAAUAUUAUUAUGCUGUAAUUCGCGUGUGCAGUGUACAAUAAUAUCGUAUAGAGACGCCACCACACUGCCUCCCUACACCAUCACAACCACCCUGCGCGUUUUCGUGUAAUAUUGUAAUUUGAUUAUUAUUAUUUUUUUUUUCAAUAAUAAAUUUAUUAGAUACAAAAAAAAAAUAUAGACUGUCGCUGUAGAAAAGAGAUUUUAUUUAUAUAUAUGACGACGAGUGUUCAGCGAUAUUAUACACGAUAAAUAAUAAUAGUAAUAAUAAUAAUGUAAGUUUUUUUUAGCCCGACAACUAUCUGUCGUUUGUCGUGAGUAGUUUCACCGCCUAUUACUGGCUACUCACCGUGUUUGGGGGCGAUGGUGGUAGCGCAGUUUAAGCACUAUUUUAGAGUGAUGGUUUUCGGGUAAUCGUAUUUUUAUUAUUCAUAACGUACAAAUUAAAAUAAUGUAUAAAAUCGUUCAUCGUCGUUUACUAAUUCCUGACCCUGAAAUUGUUAUCAUUAUGUAUACAUUAUGUCCCGUUACAAACAUGUCAAAUAAAAAUAUUCACGAAAAA